AUGAACGCGCUAGCGCCGCUGCUGCUGCUCACUAGUCUGGCAGCCGCCGCCCUAGCGCAGGAGACUCAGCGGCCGGAACCAGGCGAUGGUGCUGCGGCUGUGAUGCUGCUGCAGGGCUCCGGCACACCGGCGGCCACAAGUUACGCGCGUCUCCUGAACCCGUUUCCCGAGUUGAGGAAGUUCACUCUGUGCUACCGCAUCCGCAUGUACCGCUACCGGGAGGAGGACGAUAUAAAUAUAUAUGGAGGACCGCUCCUGUCAUAUGCCUUGCUUGAUACUGAUAGCAGCGCUCUCAGGAUUGAUCACAGGCUGUAUGGCUACCAGGUGUGCCUGAGUAGCAUUUGUGCAACAUCCAAUGUGAUCACUCCACUGUGGUACUGGAGUCACUUUUGCUUCACUUUCGACGACUCUGACAAGUCCUGGAUUAUCUACAAGGAUGGAAUCGCCGAAUGCAGUAAUAAAGAUGAAGGUGAUGCGUUGGCGUGGUCAACACUGCGCUGGAAUAUCAGUGGAGAGGUCGAGUGGCUUGUUCAAAACUUGACUACUCUCUGCUCAUCGUCUAGGCGAGACUUCAUCUUCUUCCCAAGCCGGUUUCAGUUAAACGAGGCUCGGGCUGUGUGUAAGAAAUUUGGUGGGGAGAUUGGCAUCCCUAUCAACGACGCAGAAAACACUCGGAUGUUCACCGAGACGGUCGGGUGGGCUGAACACUGCUCUAGUUACCUCGGAUCAGCUUACCUGUGGCUUGGGGCUCAGGACGGUAAUGUAGAAGGCCGCUGGGAGCAUUUCGAGUCCAAUAAAACAAUCACGUACCAAGGCCGGUGGCGGGGAGGUGGCCCCAACGGAGGCACUGUCGAAAAUUGCUUGGCGAUGAUGUAUGGUCCUGGCAUCAACGGACUCUGGUCCGAUUUCGCUUGCUUUGAUUCACAUAAAAAAUGCAUGUUCUGUGAAUUUAAGAACUACCCAACAAUGUUCCUAAAAGGGCCUCUCUUGUGCAAAAAUUCGCCUUUCAACACUAGAUACAUCUUACGUGGAAGCGUCAAUAACCGGCCUUCACUCACUGGUUACCGGCACUCUGACAUCUUUUGGGACAACGAAACCCAAGCGUGGAAGCUGGCUUCGAAAAAAACGCCGGGGGCCUCGGCUCUGCACAUUCCUGAUUCGCCCUCUGAUUAUCCUUUGGGGAAGAAAACGUGGGAGGUGGAAUCACAAAUUUGCGGAUACAGUCGAGGUGAAAAGGUUCAAUUGACCUUAUCGGCCUGUAUUUUUGGCCAGUACACGUGUGAUGAUGGUUCCUGCAUAGCCUUGCGCAAGAAGUGCGACCUCAGAAUGGAUUGCCCCGACAACAGCGACGAGACGAAAUGCACUCUUCUGAGCAUCCCAGUCGGUUACAGCAACACGAUCCCACCACCACCUCUUGUUCAGAGCGAACCGCUGCCAGUAAAUAUAUCUGUGUUCAUUUCUUCAUUCCCUGGAAUCAAGACUGAAGUUCUCUCCUUCGAAACAAACUUCGUGCUGCUGUUAAUGUGGCAAGAUUCGCGCCUCAAAUUUCUUGACCUGAAAAACGAACGUUCCCUCAACAUGCUGACGCCCGAGGAGGUACAGAAAAUUUGGUUCCCGGAAAUUUUCUUUUACAACGAUGAUGGAAAUCUAUUUUCCAAUCUGGAGCAAGGAUCUCGAGUUGAAUUAAUUGCUGGAGGAACAGCUGUCCAAGGAGGAUCAGACAACUCGGACGAAGCGAACAUAAUCAGUGAAGUUAGAGCCCAGAGCCCCUACCAGACGUGUGUGGUUCCAGUAGGAUGGGGCGCCCGCCCACAGAGCCAGAGCAUCAAUGGACGUCAUCCGCCCUCUCUUCCCUGGUCGCCUUAUUUCCAGCCGCUUAAGAGGCAUGUGCCGGCACGUGCCCGAGACGCGGCCGAGAGGGUCAACGAUGUGUUGAUUUCUUCGCUGGAGAAGUGGCCAGUACGUGGUGCUGAUUCAGCCAUGGCGAGAGUACCUGUGCCGCUCAUGUGA